UUUACACACACACACACACACACACACACACACACACACACACCCUCUUAGACCAGGAAGAUUCUCCCCAAACACACGACAACUCGCUCCUCUCUCCCUCUGACUGAGAGAAAGGAAUCCAGAAACAGUGGACUCAAGGACUAAUCUUCUUUCUCCCUGAAUUGUUUUUGGUUUCGAGAGGGAGAGAGGGAGCUAGGAGCAAGGAGAGGGAAGAAAGCUGCAAGAAGGCUGUUCAUUUUAACUAGAUAGGACAGGCAGCAGUUGUGUUUUUCAUGUUUUAUGGCUUGCUUUGUGUGCUGCUGAGCUGCAGAUCAGAGGUUGGGAAUUUUGAACUGAAGAUCUUGACUAGCUUCCAGCGUCUGUUGUGUGUGUAUGGAGGACUGUAGUAGUGUGUGGCAGAGGAGGGAAAAAAGAUCAAACUGAGAACACGAGGCAAUCAUGGACACCACUGUGCUUCAACUGGACACUUCAAUGGACAGGAUUUGCAAUCUGGUGGUGGCCAAAGUCCAUUCCAGGAGGUACUGACGACUUUCAGCUCCCAUGUGUCAUCUAAGCCAUGCUCCCUGGCUAUGGAUUCUCUCCUCUCCCUGACUUCCAGCCUCACCUCCACGCGUUCUGUUGCCGAGGGGAGAGCUCUGCCAUGUGGAUCCCUGGUACAGCUGAGUCCCAGGCUCUGAACAACUCCCAAGAGAACAGGCCUCUCCUGCGCCAGCACAUUGCUGUGUGUCAGCAGGAGACACUAGCCUUCAUCGACCUUCAGCAGCCUAAAACAAAUGGCUUUUGUUCCUCAUCAUCAUUGGGAAGACACGUUUCCUCUCCAUGCUCCUCUGGCUCACUUCAUAAUGGGCCUUCCACAAACUGCUGCCAAAAUGGAGAGACACAUGCAAACACAGCCCAUGUGAAACUUGGCCAGGAUGGACAUGAUGUGGAAGAAGUUCAAGAUAACAUCAGAGCACCCUGUGCGGACUCACUUAAGACAGACUCUGAAAAACUCUUACCACAGUGUAGUCCCAAAGAUCUGUUCCUUCCCCUGUCACCAAUGUUUGUGUCCAGGAACAGGGACUCUGUGGACUCUCAGCAGCCCAGCUCUCCCUGCUCCUCAGCAAGCUCAGAGCUACAGAGCCGUGAACAGUUUCGUCUACAGAGACGAACAUCACAGGGAUCUUCAAAGGAGAAGUCUAUACGGCGCAAGAUGAAGGUGUACUCACCUGACAGUGUAAGUGAUGACUCUCUAAACAGUCCAGUACUCGAAUGUGACUACCUGUUCCCUGGAUCCUUUGAGUCCUUCAUAGAGGGAGAGUUGGGAUUAGUGGGCUCCACUGUGCCCACAUCCCAGAGCUCCAGCUCUUUGUUAGAUUUAGAUGAAGAACUCACUCUUCCUUCCACCUCUACCCCACCACCACUGGCUUCGGAUCCCCCAACUGAGGAUGCAGCAUUGGAGGAAAGAGCAAGUGAGGGAGGGAUAGGAGAAGUGGACUUGGAGGAUGGUAGGACUCUACAAGGGUCAGCCUUCUUAGGUGGGUGCUCCCCGCCUCAUGUGCAAUCCCACCCCAUGCCCCUGCCCCGAUCCCGUUCCUCAGACCAUGAACGCCGAAGAUUCUCUGCCUCCGAGCUCAUAUCACGCCUGCAACUUUCACAGAGAAAAAACUCUUUCACCCUAAGGCUGGGAAAGUCGCUAUCUGCCCGUGUGGCCUCCCGGGAUCGUCACCAAUCUAUAAACUCUGGUCCAGACUACAAACCCAACACCAGGCAGCGCCUUUCAGCAGGCUCAAGUGACAGCACGCCACAGAGCCCAGUGGGAUCUGCACCACCACUGCCCUCUGCUGACAGCACUCUGCCACAGCACAGGAGAAGCUCCAAGCUCAGUAUGAGAAAAGAUUCAAUUGAUGAGGAUGCAGACACCCCACUUAGAAGUCCCAAACGCCUGUCACGGUUUCUGCCUAGUUUGGUCCUGUAUCAGGAGUACAGCGAUGUGGCGAUUAAUCGUGAGAUCCAGAGGCAACAGGGAGCCGAGCCUGGAAUGGAAGACGACCGGGCUGGGGACAGUACAUCCCCCAGCAAUCUCUCUCCCUCCAGCUCCUUUCGUUCAUCACGGGGCUCUGCCUUCUCCCUCUGGCAGGACAUUCCUGAUGUGCGCAGCAGUGGACAGCUGGACAAUUUCAGCAAUGAGGAGCGCAAACUGCAAGAGGCUAAGUUUGAGCUGGUGACAAGUGAAGCUUCUUACAUACGCAGCUUGACCAUAGCGGUUGACCACUUCAUGAUGUCUUCAGAGCUGAAUGAGUGCUUGGGGGCUCAAGAGAGACAGUGGCUUUUCUCCAAAUUGCCUGAUGUCAAGGACGUCAGUGAGAAAUUUCUACAGGAUCUUGAGCACCGGUUAGAGGCAGACAUCUUGCGCUUUGAUGUGUGUGACAUUGUCCUGGACCACUGCCCAGCACUACGGAGGGUCUACCUUCCUUACGUCACUAACCAGGCCUACCAGGAGCAGACAUACCAACGGCUUCUACAAGAGAAUCCUCGCUUCCCUGGAAUCCUUGCCCGUCUGGAGGAGGACCCGAUAUGCCAGCGCCUCCCUCUUACAUCAUUCCUCAUUCUGCCCUUUCAAAGGAUCACACGGCUCAAAAUGCUGGUGGAGAACAUUCUAAAGAGAACAAUGCCUGGUUCGCGAGAUGAGGACACGGCCACCAAGGCGUUUAAUGAACUGAAAAAGAUUAUAAAGGAAUGUAACUCCAGUGUGCAAUCCAUGAAGAGGAUGGAGGAACUAAUUCAUCUCAACAAGAGAAUACACUUUGAGGGAAAGAUUUUCCCUCUCAUCUCUCAGUCUCGCUGGUUAGUAAAACAUGGUGAGCUACUAGAAGUGGACACACAAACCAUGAGCAUAUCCGGAUCAAAGUUUAAACUGCCUACGCGUCCUGUGUAUCUGCACCUGUUUAAUGACUGCCUCUUACUGUCCCGGAGAAAAGAAACAUGGAAAUUCAUGGUGUUUGUGCAUGCUAAGAUUGGCGAGCUAAAGGUGAAGGACUUGAGUCAGAAGCUUCAGGGCAUCUCAGGAUUCAUCUUCCUUCUGCAGCUGUGUGAAGGCCAGCAGCUCAAAUAUCAGAUCCUGCUCAAGUCACAAACAGAGAGUGGCAAACAGCGAUGGAUCACAGCCAUGAUUCCUCCUGAUCCAACUAUGGCACACACUAGUGAAAAUGAGGAUCUAUCUCAGGUUCAGUGCAUUAAGAGCUACCAGGCCCAGGAACACGAUGAACUAACACUGGAGAAGGCAGAUAUCCUUCAAGCUAAAACCAUUACAAGUGAUGGAUGGGUGGAGGGGAUCCGAUUGUCUGACGGAGAAAGGGGCUGGUUCCCCAAAACGUAUGUGGAGGAAAUUACAAGUCGUAGCGCUCGUUUGCGAAACCUUCGGGAGAAUAUUCGCAUCAAGUGCGUCACCCAGAAACUAGAGGGCGAGCCUCAGUGAGGGCCUGUAAUAUAGUGCGUCCUUUUAUUUAAAACCUUGAUUUAUGGAAAGACAGAGGCUUUAUUGGAUGUUACAUUCUUAAUGUUUUCAAAUGAUCAAAAAAAGAGACCUGGAUUUCUACAAUAAGCUUUGAUUUUCACAACGGUAGGCACAUAUUUGCAAUAAUAUAGUUGCACAACAAAAAUUGUAACAGUAUCAACUUUAACAUUUCUUUCUCAUUCUUUGUUGCUAUUAGCAUUUGUAGAUAUGUAGCAUUUUUUAAGGAAUGGUUUGGGGAAAUAAAAUUGAUUUACUUCCAAUUCCAUAUACCUCAAGUGUAGCUAAUCAGACAAAACAUGUUUGGUGUUAAUUGGUGUUCAUUCUGCUUUGUUAAUUCUGCCCUGGAGCAAAAUCAUGAGGCUAAAUCAUCUUUCACAUUCACCUCAAAUGACAUUCUUUGGCUUUGGUUGGCUAAGUCAUCCCACUCGUACACAGACAUAGAUCUCAUAAAGUAGCAGAAUAUGCAUGGAUUUCAUAUUUUAAAUAUAUAAAUCAAAUCAAAUGAUUUAAAAUGGUUGCCACUAGAGUUUUCAGUGUUGUAGCUUUGUUAAUUUUCCUAGGUACCAGCACCUCUACACUGUCAGGAACCACAUAAUCACGUCUAUUUGAGGUCACUUCACAACAAGACAUGCUCUGUGGCAAUUCGUUCCUUUACCCAUUUCUUUAAUGGACACAUUUCAUAGAGUGUUGCAGUCACACCAUUAAAUGUGAUUUGACAAAAACAGACAGGAGGCUUAUCAAAUGAGCUUGUACACAGUUCCGGUGUUUGAAUUUUAUACAAAAUGUGUCCACUGUGCCUCAGCAUAAUAUUGGAAUACUAAAUAACCACCUCAUUUCAAAGCUACAGCAUUAAUUAAUACUCAUGCAUUCAACUGGAGUUUUUGCUUUCUAUGGAACGUAAACCAAAUUUAUAAUUUGCUGCUGCAAAUGAUUUGUCUGUUGUUUUUGUCCACUUCUACUUUUGACCAUUAUUUAUGACGGUAAGACUUUCAACAGGUGUUUAUGUGGAUAUUUUUGUAAUUUCUGUUUGGAGGAAAGACACUAAAUAAUUAUGCUGAGCAUGGUCUAUAAAGAGCAUUAGAUAUCUAUUUCUGUGUCGUGCAUCUCUGUAAAUGUUUUAUCUCUAAAAUAAAUUCAACUAUCAUU